AUGACUUCCGCCUGUGACCAAUGCGCUAAGCCUGUUAAAGGCGACGAAGAAUCCGUCUCCUGCAUGGCUUUUUGCGACAGGAUGAUUCACCUAAAGUGUGGCGGCACAAAGCUGAAUAAGGCUUUUCUGAACAUUGUCCAUACUAGCCCGAACCUGUUUUGGAUGUGUAACGAGUGCGCGAAGCUGAUGAAAUGUGCUCGAUUCAAAACUGCCGUCUCGUCGUUUGGCAGUGUGAUUAAUUCUAUCACCGAGAGACAGGAAAUCGCACACACUGAGCUUAGGAAGGAAAUGGCUAAGCAAGAACAGCAGAUCGCUCAGCUAUCAAAACGAAUCGCAUUGACAACUCCGACAAACUCUGAUUUCAUGCGUCAACCGCCAUUAAAACGGCGCCGCGAUGAAGGCUCGCUCACAGGCAAACCACUUGUUGGUGGUUCUAAAGCAGUAACAGGUGACAAUGCCUUUACCGAGGUCCUUACUGUCCCUGAACCCACCGAGCUGUUUUGGCUGUACCUUUCUCGUAUUCAUCCUAGCGUGAAAUCGGAAUCAAUCGAGAAGCUGGUGAAAGGUUGUGUACAGUGCGAAGAUCCGAUUAAGGUUGUGCCGCUAGUCAAAAAAGGAUCCGACAUCAGCCGUAUGAGCUUCAUCUCGUACAAAGUCGGAAUGGAUCCCAAACUACGCGAAGCUGCUCUUAGAUCGGAUACAUGGCCGAAAGGAAUUUUGUUCCGUGAAUUUGAAGACGGUUCAAAAAACAUGUGGUUGCCUCGUUUGAACACGCCUACCAUCACGAUCUCUCCUAUUACGGGACCUUCCGAGUUCUCAACUCCCAUUUCCGGACUAGACCCAGUCUGCUGA